AAUCGUAGAAAUAGACAAUCUAUUCUCACUCACUCGCGGCACUGCCAAAUGACAAAGUUUCAAUUUCCUACGUGAUAAAGUGAACUCGAUUACAGAGAUUGGUAUCGGGACUGCGAUUUCGCGAGUGUUUUUGCUAGUUGUUUUAAAAGGAAGUUGAACGAGAAGUAAAUAUGCCUAAGUAUUAUAAAGUGGAAAUCAACAAGACGGAAUGGACUGUGCCAGAGCGAUACCAAAUGCUUACACCUGUAGGAUCCGGCGCCUACGGUCAAGUUUGCUCUGCCAUAGACACCCUACACAACAUGAAGGUGGCCAUCAAAAAACUAGCAAGGCCAUUCCAAUCGGCCGUGCAUGCCAAGAGGACCUACAGAGAACUGCGCAUGUUGAAGCACAUGAACCAUGAAAAUGUCAUAGGGUUGUUGGACGUAUUCAGCCCCGAGAAGACCCUGGAGGAGUUCCAGCAGGUGUACCUGGUGACGCACCUGAUGGGCGCCGACCUGAACAACAUCGUGCGCACGCAGAAGCUCUCCGACGACCAUGUGCAAUUCCUGGUCUACCAGAUCCUGCGCGGGCUUAAGUACAUUCACUCCGCGGGCAUCAUACACAGGGACCUGAAACCAUCAAACAUUGCUGUCAACGAAGACUGCGAGCUGAAAAUCCUGGACUUCGGCCUCGCCAGACCAACUGAAAUAGAAAUGACGGGCUACGUCGCCACAAGAUGGUACCGCGCGCCGGAGAUCAUGCUGAACUGGAUGCACUACAAUCAGACGGUGGACAUCUGGUCCGUGGGCUGCAUCAUGGCCGAACUGCUCACCGGCAGGACCCUGUUCCCCGGCUCGGACCAUAUUGACCACCUCACGAGGAUAUUGUUCUUGUGCGGUAAACCCGACCAAGAGACCAUUGACAAAAUUAUUAGUGAAGAGGCCCGCAACUACAUCCAAUCCCUGCCUGCGCUCGCGCGCCGCGACUUCCGCGAGGUGUUCCGAGGCGCCAACCCGCUCGCCAUCAACUUACUCGAGCUCAUGCUCGAAUUGGACGCUGACAAGCGUAUAACGGCCGAGCAAGCGCUAGCGCACAAGUACCUCGAGCAGUACGCGGACCCGAGCGACGAGCCCGUGUCGGCGCCCUACGACCAGAGCUUCGAGGACAUGGACCUGCCCGUCGACAAGUGGAAAGACCUGGUGUGGAAGGAGGUGGUGGAGUUCAAGCCGCACCCGCAACACAUGAACACCGUCGUGGAAGUUAACCCUGAAUAAAGUGAUCCCCCCUCCCUGCCGUAGUAGGGGGAUAACCCUGAAUAACCAGUGUUCCCCCCUCCCGGACGUAGGAGGGGUUAACCCUGAAUAGACAGUGUCCCCCCCUUAUGUAGGAGUGACAUCGAGGUACGCCACUAAUACAGCUUAGUUGCAAAAUUAUCUCUUAACCUCGUAAGGCCUAAUGUGCAUUACAAUGUACACUCUGUUUCAAUCUAAUUUGAACCUUAGACUAACUGAAUUAGGUAGCAUUUCUUUUGUUUCAAUGUUUUCUAAAACAAACGAAAGUCAUCUUUAUCUUCUAUACAACAAGGUUCAAAUUAAAAAUAGGGAAACUUUGUACGGUGAGCCUUACGAGGUUAAUGUUUUCCCGGAUGCAUCCUUAAAGAGCCCAGGGUUCUCGUUACAAGAACUCGCUCCGGCACUAGUUUUUACGAACAUUUUUAUUUAUUUAUAUGUGAGCUUCCAAGCCAUAGGGGAAAUAGGCCUGGGAUAAAGUUCCCUCAAUCUCGUC